AUGGGUAUCUCCACUGAAGUCCCGCAGACCGUCGAGUGGGCGGGGAAGCGUGUCCCCAUCUACCCCAUGGAGACGGUCGACUUCAGCCGUGUCCUCUCCCAGGAACCCGCUGAGCUCGAGAACCUGCUCCGCUGCUGCCAGCAAUCCGGUUUCUUCUACCUGGACCUGAACAGCCUUGACGGCCAGAGGUUCCUCGAUGACCAGCAAGAAACCCUGAAGCUCAUGCACCGAUACUUUGACCACCCAAUUGAGGCCAAGAACGAGCUGGGCCUCGUCACCGCACACCUUGGCUAUGAGCCCGUUGGCUCCCGCACGGGCGGUCUUCCCAACACCAGAGACGGAUAUGAGAUGUUCAAGGUCUCCAGAGAUGAGAUCCAGCGCAAGGACCCCAAGUUCCCCGCCAUCCUUCAAAAUGACACGGACAAGAAGGUUCUCCGCAACGCCAUCUCCGGCUCCAACAUCGUCACCAAGGCCGUCCUCUCCGCCCUUUCCUCCGCCAUGGGCCUUGUCGGCGCCGCCCGCUUCGAGAAUGCCCACCGCAACGACCGUCCCUCUACUUCCACCCUGGCCAUGAUGCACUACGUCCCGUCAGACCCUGCCAAGGACAAGGAGAUCGGCCACCAGAAGCACACCGACAUCUCCUCGUUGACGCUCCUCUUCGCCGAGGAGUGGGGCCUGCAGAUCCGUCCUCCCGGAACCCGCGAGUUCGGCUUCGUCGCCCCCAAGGAGGGCUGCGCCAUCAUCAACGUCGGCGACUCGCUGCGCUUCGCCAGUGGCCACACCUUCAUGUCGUGCAUCCACCGCGUUGUGCCCUUCCGCCCAGACGAGCACCGCUACUCCAUCGCUUACUUCCUCCGCGCCGAGAACGAGACCAUGUUCACCGACAGCGAGGGCCGUUACGUCACUGCUGGCCAGUGGCACGACGAGAAGUUCUUCCUGUUCAAGGCCACCCCCGAUAUCCAGGCCCUGGCCCCGCCAUCCAUGCUCUACGGUGGUAUGUCCGCCGACGAGGAGUGGACUCCGUAUGCUCAGCCCGAGCUGGCGAAGGCCAAGGUUGAGGAGGUUCAGAAGGAGCCAUUGGUCAAGGAGGCUUUGGUCCAGGCUCAUUAA